CUGGCACAAUGGGAGGAGUACACACAGCUCUAAUUGCAUUUUUCAUGUCAUAUAUCCACAAUGUAGAAAGUGGUAACUGUGGGAUUGACCUGCCUGUGAUAAUAGAUGUCAGCUGUAGUAUCUCUAAUGCUAGUAAGACAGGAAUGAAAGCCGACCUGACUACAAUAGCAACAAAACUGAACACUAUGACAGGCUGUGGCUCAGAUCCUGUCCGAACAAGGGUCUCUGUCACAUUAUUUGCAAAAGAAGUAGAGAUCGCUGUCCCGCUGAAUAUGGAUGGGGACUGUACGUCUUUGGAAGGAAGGCUAGCAAAUGUGAACAUAUUGAAAGAUUUGGGAUGUAAUACACGUACUAGUGAUGCUAUAGUACAAUCACUACAACAGGGGACUCGUUCAAGUACAACAGAAUCUGGUAACCAAUAUAUUAAUAAACAAGCAACACUUCUUGUCACUGAUGGAGCAUCCUAUCCAUGUGAUCCAUAUCAUAACAACCUGUUGAACAUAGCUCAGUAUUUUAAAGUUCUAAAUUGGCCGAUUUAUGUGUUAAAACUUCCUCAAGUUGAUGGGGGAGAUGUAUGUACAGCACAAAAUAUUGAUACAGAACUGGAUGCCCUGACAGCAGAAAACACUAAUCGGCUAUUUGAGAGUGGUUUCGACAACUUUGCAGCAACAAUAUCUCAAGUAAUCGAUCAAAUUUUUCUGGAUACUGACACCACUUGUGAUUUUGAAGCACCUCUGCCAGUGACGGAACCACCACCAACAAUAUACCCACCUCCACCUCCCAGGCCAGAGAGAUGCUGCACUUGUGAUCACUGUGGUCUGGACCUUACAAUAGCAUUUGACAUCAGCUGUAGUAUUGCACCUGGAAACAAGAGUAGGAUAGCUGCUGCAAUUCCUGCUAUUGCUGAGCACUUGAGCCAGAGAGGAGGCUGUGGCAGCGGUGUUAUGGAAACUGACUUUACAGCAAUCACAUAUGCUAAACUCACAGAAGUGCAUUGGGAACUUGGAAGUGCAACAAGUUGUGCAAACCUGAAACAACGUUUACAAAAUAUUGAUAUACAUCGGGAUGCUGGAUGUAACACAAGAACCAGCGACGCUAUCAAGGCUUCUCAUGAGGAAUUAAAAAACUAUGCAAUACGACAGCAAGCAUUGGAGGAUGCCAUACGAGAGGAACAUCCUGAAUAUACAAGCAAAAAGAAUAAGUGGGCGAUAGGUUUAGUUACUGACGGAGCUUCAUUCCCCCAAGAUUACCAUACAAAGCUGAUUACAAUAGCUGCAGAAUUGAAAGCUUUGGAUAUUCCUAUAUAUAUGCUCGUUCUGCCUCAAAAUAUUGGAGAUGAUUCGGAUGAAGAAAACAUGAGAGAAGAAAUAGAAGCAUUGUCAGACAAUUAUGACAAUCGAGUAUUCCAUUCUACAUUUGAGGAGCUUGAUGAAGCAUUAUACAAAAUGAUUGACAAAAUCUACUCUACAGCUAAUAGAAGGUGUCCUCUUUUAACAUGCUGUCAAUGCACUGAUGAUUGUGGUCCCAUAACUCCUCCAGUGAAUGGAGGUGUGAACUAUUUAGAUGGCGGCACAACAUACAGAAGCCGGGCAAAGAUGACAUGUGACUGCAGCCAUAGAUUAAGUGAAGACAGAACUUACACAUGCCAAAUUGAUGGUACAUGGGAUAACUUGUGUAAUCCUGUUACAUGUGUACCUAUAUCAAAAUGGGAAGAUACUGUUCAGGACGCUUGUCUUGAUAUUGUACCAUCUAAAGAGUUUGCAAGUAUCAACAAUAUUGAUAUAUGUAAGUCACUGUGCGAGGCUGAAGAGACAUUCAGUUGUGAAGCUAUCCAGUAUUAUCCUGAUUCUAAAGACUGUGCUCUAUAUAAUGGGAAUGAAGUACUACAAAAUCCAUGUACUACCGAAACUCAAACUGUCAUCUAUGCUGGGCGUAAAUCUCCAGCUCCAAUACCAAACCAGUGGCAACCCGAUACACCAGGCUUCAGUUUUGCUAAUAAUGACUUCAAAGAUGUGUCUCCUAUCUCUGAUCUUGAAACAUGUAAGUCACAAUGUGAAGAAGAGACAGAUUUUGUGUGCUGGUCUAUUCAAUUUGAGCCACCAACUGGAUGUAAAGUAUCUAGGAUGAGAUCUGUAAAUGGUGAGCCAUUGCAACUUAUACCAUCUUGGCCAGAUGUGAUUAUUUCUGAGCGUACACCAUGCCCAGGUGUAGAUGCAGCAUCUCCACUAGAGUAACAAACUAUGCACAAAGUACCAAAAAAAAAAUUUGUUUACUGUGCAUCUGUUUUCUGAUAACAUACAGGUACCUCAAUGAUUAGAUAAUUUGAAAUUAAAGUUUGAUCAUCUGUAGUUUUAAUAAAUUUUUCAAGGAA